UUUUGCCAGUAGUUGGCUGGCGCGGGCAGGAGCAGCCCGAAAGAGCGGCCGGGUGCCUUCUCUCGCCUCCCAUUGGCCGACGCCCGUGAUCGCUAUUAGCUCAAGCACCCAGCAAUACGUUGAACCAAUCGGCCUCUUCCCCAAGACAAGCCAGCGCUCAGCCAUACACCAGCUGUUUUUAUCCGCCAAACUGUAAAAACGCUCAGGUAACGACGGAACAGUUUUUUAGUGCGGUGGCUAGCCUGCCGCGAGACGUGUGUAGCAUGUUAACCCGCGUCUUGGCCGUCACGUGACCUCCCGGCCUGGCCAGGGUUGCCCGCAAACAACCCUUGAGGGGUACUUAACCUUAGGGUGGACAGACCCUCUACCAGGCCCUGACAGACCCUCCACUCCCAGUACAUCAGUGCCACAGGAUAAUUGAGCCACUUCAGUGCCCGCUAGUGCCAUGCGUCGCCGCCAUGUGCAGUGAAUAACGGCAUGAACAAGCAGUGUCACAUCGUGAUUGGUCAGUGGAUAAUUAGUAAAUUAGUUGUGAUUGGUGAUUGAGGUGGUGCUACCUGAAGGUGAUUUACCGCCGCACGUACGUACACACGGACGCACGGACGGGCACGACACCGACAUAGAAGAUACCAUGGCCAACGUUACGUACACAGGCGCGUCGUCAACAUCACCUCUGGUGGUGUCCUCAAGCGGCAGUGCUGUAGGAAGCCCGUGUGAACCCAGAGAGCCACCGCCUCUACCAGGUGGGAUGGGUGUGGGCGGGUAUGACCUGAUGACGUACCAGCGACUAGCCAGUGCCCUGUACGCCCACCCGCCCCACGCCACCCUCGACCCCUCCACGCCUACCUCCGUACCGCCCACCACCCUCCUCGCCGCCCACGACCCACUACUACACGGCAAUGGUCUGGAGCUGAAGGAUAGUUUAACUGGGCUAGGAGGAGCGGCUUGGGCCUAUCCUAUGUACUAUCCUUACGACACCUUGGCUGCCUAUCCCUUCUCCCAUGGGUAUGGCAUGGCCUUCGACGCCGCGCGCAGGAAGAACGCCACCCGGGAGACGACGGCGACGUUGAAGGCGUGGCUGAACGAGCACAAGAAGAACCCUUACCCCACCAAGGGAGAGAAGAUCAUGCUGGCCAUCAUCACCAAGAUGACCCUCACACAGGUGUCGACGUGGUUCGCCAAUGCACGUCGGCGGCUGAAGAAGGAGAACAAGAUGACGUGGGAGCCGCGUAACAAGACUGACGAUGAUGAUGACGACGACGAUGACAAGGACGAUGAUCAUAACGAUGAUAUUGAGGUUGGUGGUGAGGGUCGUGGGGUGGAGGACGGGGGUAGUGAGGGGUCGCCACUGCGGCCUCCUUCCCCCUCCAGCACCACAGGCGGGGGUGACGGACCUCCACAUGCCCCUCCGCCGCCCGCGUCUCCUGUCAAGCCACGAAUCUGGUCCUUGGCAGAUAUGGCUUCCUCGUCUUCGUCACCCACGUCGCCGUCGUCCACGCUGGCGGGGGCGGUGGGUAAGAUGAGUGUACACCGGCCCCUACACCUGGAGGCCUCACCCUACGCCCGCCCGCUGCCCAUGGCGCCCCGAUUGCCCUCACCACAAGAGGCGCUGCUGCAGGUCUACGCCAAGUCUCUUGGUCUGGCGCCUCACCACGCCCACUCCUUCCCGUCCUUGCCUCCCGGCCUGAACGGACUAGGAUCACAUCUUUCUCCGCCCGGGCUGGAGGCUCCUUUACCUGCUACCCUGGGGGCGCCAGCGUAUAGCACCGCCUCCCUCCAGCCGCCCAUCGUCAGCAGACCUGUGGCAACCCGCCCAUUGCCGCCCAUCUCUCCUUCUUCCCUGCACCACACACUUCCCGGGGGCGCCAAGAUCACGCCAGCGCCGCCCCCUGCGCACAGGCCUGAAGGUUAACCUCCUCCCCA